CGAACGUUGUAUCCAAUAAACUAAUAGAUAUUAUAUGCACAUUGUAUCCAGUAAGUUACUGGGAAUUGUUUAAUACGAAAAUUUUUCUUAGUAGGGGGAGGGCGAGUAAGGUUUUGUAAUAAAAUGGCGGACGAUGGAAGAGUUGAAAAUACACAAGUUUAAAAAUGUAUUUUCAAAAAGGUAAAAGGAAAGCCAACUCUAGCAUCGAAGUUGUUGAUGCGAGGAGUAGGAGAAGGACAAACGUUAGUCUUCCCGUUGCAAGUUGUUUGGAAACAGCCGAAGAGGCAGAGACGUGGGAUGAAACUGUACAACUGCACGGGGUAAGCCAUGAUGACGAGAACGAGCCUUGUGACACCACGGACUUUGACGACUUAUCAGAACACGAUAGUGACGAUGAAUCAAGCAAGUUACCGUCUGGAGUCACCUACAAGAAGCGUAGAGAACGGUUAUCGUCAAAUUGGGAGGGGAAAAGGCUACAGUUACUGCGGACAUCACUAGCAAUUGAAGGUUUUGUUCCGUCAAAAUGUAGCGAGUCAACUUGUUCUGAGGCCGUAAAAACUCGUUGCAAAGAUUGCAGCUUCUCUAAAUAUUAUUGCAAAGAUUGCUGUGAUAAUAUACAUAGAGACCAGCUACAUUUCCAUUACUGUGAGAUAUUUGAAGAGGGAUUGUGGAAACAAUAUAACAUUCCUGGUCAAGUUCUGCACAAUGAGAGACACCAGUGUGAAGGAACACACUUAAAGCCAAUCACAGUUGUUGAUUUAAAAGGUUUUCAUCAUGAAAUACUGUUUGAAUAUUGCACUUGUUUUGGUGUCCCUGAAAGUCUGCUUCAUUGUGGUAUUUGGCCAGCAACACCUGUCGAACCUAAUCUGGGAUUCACAUUAGAUUUGAUGGAAAUGACAUUGAGGCUUGUCAUGGAAUGUCAUGUUUCAAUUCAUGAUAUGCUGAAAACUUUGGAUUUCUUUAAAAAUCCAGUUGUAAAGAAAAAGAAAAUUUAUGACCAGUUUGUUGAGAGUUUUGAAGAAUACAGGUAUCAUUUGAAGAACAGAAAAGCAUAUGAUGUUGAUGCAGAAGAUGUCACCUGUGCUGUAAUAGAAUGUCCUGCCUGCCCUAAGGUUACAAGUCAUAUAUAUUAAUUAAUCUCUUGUUUGCAAUAUUAUGCAUCUUUUAUAUAUUUAUAUCCACAUAAAUAUAGCCAAGUAAAUUAAUAAAUACUGUAUAAUAUUGGGUUUUUCUUCCAAAACCCUCACCCCCCGAAAAGAUCAGAGAAGACCAGCAGUUACAAACACGAAAAGGCACCAGCUGCAUGCUUUGUGGUUCAAUUAAUUGUUGGAGACUUGCCAAAACGGCAAAACAGUAAUCAAAGUAUAAGGCUUUAUAAGAUUAUAAUAGAACAGAAUCCAUUGUAGCAUAUUUAAUUAUCACAAACUGAUUCAAUAGUAACAAUAAUAUUCCA